UCCAUCCCUCCUUGGCCUUCACGUAUCCCGUGUGUGAGAUCAUCAGUUAAAGCCAUCCAACGCUACCUGUUUACAAUAUAUCUUUUUGUCCCUCGAGUGAUUCGACAAAUCCAAGAUGGACCGCAGUCUGGAUGAGAUCAUUGCUGAGCGCCCUAGACAGAAUCGUGGUCGCCGCACUCAAGGCCGUCGCCGUGAUGGCGUGAAAAAGGUCCUUCCUCCCGUUCUCCUUUCGAGCCCUCCUGCCGUAUCAUGACAGCCAAAAGUCGCUGGUCCAGUAGUCCGUCUUCUGGAAGGCAGCAGAACAUGAACAAAAUAAACACAUAUGGGGCAUUUGCAUGAUAACCUGGAUUGACUUGGAGCUGACAUGUGCCUCUUCUAUUUGCUUUCACAACAGCCUUAUAGGGAAGAGCGUGUCGAUUUGGAUCUUGACUGGGUCCAUGACAAAUUUGAAGACGACAGAGAUACGCGUCCAUCCCGCUCUCAACGGCAUGGCACCCGUGGUGAUCGGUACUCUCCUUCGCCCAACCACGCGCCUACUGGAGCCAAACUUCGCGUAGAGAAUCUGCACUAUGAUAUUACGGAGGGUGACCUUGAGGAUUUGUUUACCAGAAUCGGACCCAUUUCUACAUUGUCUUUGCGCUACGAUCGGGCUGGACGUUCUGAGGGUAUUGCCUUUGUCACCUAUGAUCGGCUAAGUGAUGCAAGAACUGCCAUUCGGGAAUUCGACGGUGCCAAUGCAAAGGGACAGCCUAUUCAUCUCUCUCUUGUUCCGUCGGGAAAUGCAAGACGAGACCGAAAUCCAUUCGACAACGUGGAGAAACCGAAGGGGAGCCUCUUCGACCGUAUCGAGCGCCCGCGUGAUAGGGAUUCCCGUAGCCUUAGUCCAGGAAGUGACGACCCUAAUGGAAGACGUCGUCGAGGCCAACGCGGUGGGCGACGCAGUGACGUUUCCAAACCUGCUCCAGAACAUAUCGAUCGGUACACUCCAGGACAACGAUCCCCGGCUCGCAGAGGACGACGACAGGGCGAGCGACGUGACAGGAGGAACAGGGCAACAGAUGGUCAUCCUACAGUCAAUGGCAGACCACGAAAGACGCAAGAAGAGCUUGAUCAGGAAAUGGAUGAUUACUGGGGAAACACGAACAUUGGAGCCGAAACGGCUGCUGCUGCCAAACAGGUGGCCGGAGAUGAACCCCCAGCAACCACGGCCGCCGCUGGAGAUGAUGAUGUGGAUAUGAUUGAGUGA